AUGAGGAACAGAACGAUAGAUGUCCUGGAUGCAGUUUUCACCCUGGGCAGUUUUGACAUGCCCCCUGAAAGCAAACACGUGGCCAUCUUCAUCGGCAUCUUGAUCUACUCCUCCGCACUCCUGUGCAACCUGGUCCUGCUCGUCGUCAUCGCCGCCAACAGGAGCCUGCACGAGCCCAUGUACCUGCUCCUCUUCAACCUGUCCGUCAACGACCUGAUAGGCAUCAGUGGCAUCGUUCCCAGAGUCGUGUCAGACCUGCUGUUCGAGGACAGACGCAUAGCCCUCCCCGCGUGCGUGAUUCAGGCUCUCUGCAUACACAUCUACGGCGGCGCCACGCUCCUCCUGCUGUCCGUCAUGGCUUUCGAUCGGUACGUCGCCAUCUGCCACCCUCUGAGGUACCACACCAUCAUGACGAAGGGCGCCGUCAAAAAGCUCAUCGCACUCUCUUGGAUCGUCGAUUUCCUACUGGUGGGAGUCCUGUUCGGCCUGACGCUGCGUUUCCCCUUCUGCAAAACGGUCAUCGCGGGCAUCUACUGCGACAACGUCUCCCUCCUCAGGCUCACCUGCGCAACGGACACCACGGUGAACAACGUCUACGGUCUGUUCAUCACAGCGGUCUUCCACGGAAUAGGCCUGUUCUCCGUGGUGUUUUCCUACGCUUGGAUUCUCUUUACAUGCUUCAAAAACAAGGACAGGGACUCGAAGGCCAAGGCCCUGCACACCUGCGCCACUCACCUGCUCGUCUUUCUCAUCUACGAGUUCUCGGGCAUCAUCAUUGUGCUUGUCUAUCGGUUUCCCGGGAGUCCACCCAACCUGCAGAAAUUCAUGGGCAUGUCCUUCGUUAUAUUCCCGCCGAGUCUGAACCCCAUUAUCUACGGCGUGAAAACCAAAGAGAUAAGAAGAAAACUGAGAGAGGUCUUUGCCCGCACGACAGUUGGCAUCAUGGGAAACUCUGCUGCAGGGGUAUAGGGAAGGCCAGGACAGCUGCCCAAAGAACAAGACCUUUCAAAGAGAAUAAACCAUCUCUAAACCAGGCCUUAGAACCUGAUGAGUUACUGUAUGAAUGCAACUUUUUUGAAAAAUAAAAUUAAUAAUUUUUUAAAUUACUAGACUCACUAUAAAUCUUAAUGGCUGAAAAUUCUUGGGAGCAAUUCAGUAAAAAUGUAAACUGGUAUUCCUUAAUUUAAGAUAAAAAGAUUAAAGUUUGUCCUUUGCACCCACAUUUUGGUUUUUCAGGAAUUGCUUCUGAAUGUAAAUACCCAGCAAGAAGGUGUUGUGUAAACUGUAUUUUUAUUGCACUUACUGACGCUGUAUUGAUCAUGUUUUGAGUUCGCUUCAUUCUGAAUUGCAAACUGCAUAUGCAAUUAAGCCCUUAUCCGUUGUCUAAUAUAAAUGCCGUGUUACACUAGUUCAUCGGAAAUGCACGUGUUGGCACAGUAUCCACAAUAAAACAUACUCUAAGCUGCGGGAGCAUGUCUGUUUAAUGCACAGCA